AUGCUGCAUGAAUCGUCAACCAGAAAGGAGAAAUCUCCUCCUGCUCCCCGGCAUGCGUGUCCUGAGGGCAUCACCAUCGUGACGGCCGCCAUGGACUUGCCGAGCGAGUGGGCGUCGCCUCAAAGGCAAGGGUCACACUAUGCUGCCGGCAUCAGCCAGCUCCUCUCGUUGCGCUGCCCCACCGUCGCCUUGGUAGACUCACAGGUGAAGCAGCAGGUGAUGCUGGAGGAGACCGACGUCCUGCUCACGCCGACUCUAGAGAAACAAGACCUCAGCAACCUCGCCUUCUUCCAUAGAAUGCGCAGCAUGCGAACUGAGACCUGGAAAUCUGAGGGAUGGAAGGUGUUGCCAGAGUCCGCCGAUUACCUGGCGCUUGUGUUGCUCAAAUUCCCACUUGCUUGGCCCGGGCUGCGCGACAACAAGGUCCUCGUGUCCGUCUACCGGGCGAAGCAGAGGUUCUGCUGGGACCCGAGUGUGAGCGAGCUGGGAGGGCUGCCCUGUAAAGAGCUUCCGCAGUUCACGGGCAAGGGCUACAACUCCAGCAUCCCCGCCGAUCAGGGGAUUCUCAGGUGGGAGUCCUCUCCAGAUAUUGGAGAGGAGCAGGAAUGGACGGGGUUGGAGUACAUCACUGCUACACACAUGCGCAUGACAGAGGGCCCGUGCGUCGCUUUAGUAACGGAGAAUUUGACCGCAUCUGAGAGGCGACUGACCGAGCCGACAAUCGCGGACAUGAGGCUCUACUGCACCGACAAGGUCUACGAGACCAGCUGGUUGGCUUACGAGCAAGUCGGGACUGCUAGCAGCUCAUCCAAGACCCCUGCUGGUUCAUCUAGAUGCGUUGAAGGUUCGCAUGGACAUGCAGGAGCAGGCGCUAGAGUUUCUGUUCGAGAGUAUCUGGAAGAUGGUGGGCUCUUGUUAGGUGCUGGUUACAUGCCCGACAGAUACUUCGAUCCUUGCUUGCAGACGACUGUGCGGUGA